AGCUUAACAUCCGCCUCUCUAACACCACGAAGUAUCCAAACAGCAGAGACAUUAGCAUAUACAUAUAUAUAUCUUAUACCCGCCCCUGUUUUCUGUAAAUCAAAUCCUGUACCCUCUAUUAAAGGAACUAGUCUUUUAUCAUUGUCGUUUUCCUUGUUUCUAAUAACGCAACAUCUUUUCUUUGUUUGAAGCAACGCUUCUGUGCGUGCCGUAAAGGUCUCUUUGCCGUUCUUGAGUAUACCCGUUCUCCAAGUCAGCAAUAGCAGCUUUCAGCGCGUGACUGAGAGUUGCUGCGUUGCUCCGUCCGCUCCCACAAAACCAUCUUUUCACUUUGUAGUUCGUACAAGUCGGACGGCGGCAAUCAUUACUUUUAAAAAAGAACUUCUACGCUCCCUCUUUACGCGGGCACCCUUGUUUUCUUUGUGCAACGGGCGAACAUCCAUUCAGUUGCACGCACAAGCGAAUACACAAGUGCACCUACACAGAGAACUCACACACACACACACACACACAAAUCCAGACAAGCUAACCGUUUACGUUUACAUCUCCGUUCUCUUCUUUUCGAUUUUCGGCCAUGUCGCUCUUCGGUGAGCCUCUGCCGUUCGAGGAUGAGACGGCCGCCUCGCUGAUCCGCCGCACCGGCUACCCACCGGAAGGGACGUACAACCAGAUGCCCGAGGUCUACCUCUGCCCUUGCUGCAGUGAGUUCAAUAAGCAGCAGGAGCGGGAGCGUCUUUUGCGCGAGGCCCGCGACGCGAAGGAGGCCGAGCGCCGCCGUCUGAUGCAACUCGACGUCUUCGACGAGCGCGCCCGUCCGUUGCCAUCCGGCGACUCGCGCCGCAAGGCCUACCGCCGCAUCGUCGAGGACGAGGAGCCGGUGGACACCGCGCCGAGCGUGCCGCCGCCGCCACCGACGCUGGACGAGCUGCGCCGCGCGAAGCGGGACCAAAAUGUGCCAAAGCUCGUCGUGACGGUGCACCACGGCCGCAACAUCAGCGCCGAGGCCGAGGACCCGGUCUCCGUCAUUGUGCGCUGCGGCGCCUUCGAGGGCCAGACCGCCAAGGUGCCACGCGGGACGGAGGUGCUGACGCCGUGGGAGGAGCUGUUCGAGUUCCCCUACAUGAACCCGAAUGAGCCGCUGGAGGUGCUCGUGGUGAACGACGCGCUGCCGCAGUCAAACGACCAGCUGGUGGGUGGCGUCGUCAUCCCAAGCGGCGACCUGCACGACCGCGAGCGCGGGGACCAGGAGCCGGUGCCCGUGAUGCCGGAGGAGAGCAUGCACAACGGCUACGGCACCUGCAAGGAGGGCCCGCUGGGCACCAUCGUUGCUUCAUGGUACGUGCGAGAUGGCGACGAGAAGAUGGACGAGACGGCCAUGGAGAAGCAGACGCUCGCCACGCCGCUCGCCUGCACCUUCGUCGCCCACCGCCUUUUCCAGUACACGGACCACGGCGCGGAGCCCUACUCGGGCGGCGUGCUGUGUGUGCUGCGCGACACGGACGACAACUGCUCCGAAUCUGUUCUCUACACGCCCGGCCCCAACGCUGAGCCGUCGCUCUCGCCCUACCACACGAAGGAGGGCUACCACUACCUGCCGGAGAAUCCGUCGCAGAUGAUGCAGCUCAACACGGAGAAGAAGCUGGGCCACAUCCUUGUGUGCGUCCCGAAGCAGGAGGAGGCAGCCGGCGACGAGGAGGAGGAGCUGCUCGUCAUUGGCGCCGUGCCGCUAGACUUUGAGCGGCUCUACAACAAGGGAAGUGCGGUGCUGCUCAUCGAGUCGAAGUCGAAGGACGACGCCCUCUGGGGCGAGAUCUCGAUCGAGUGGGCCAACACACCGUUAGACGAGGAGAAGCCGCACCCGGCGCUGCUGGAGGUGCAGAAGGAGUCCCUCUUCGUCACGGUGGUGCGCGGCCUCAACCUUGUCCGUGCGGACGGCGAGCCCGUCGAGAACGGCUACGUCACCGUCGCCGCCGGUGAGCUGGAGGGCGCGACGGUGGAGGCCCCGGCCGUGGAGGACGAAGACGACAACCACGUCAUCAACUGGAACCAGGAGGUGCGCUUCAUCGAGGUCGACCCCACCCAGCGGGAGCUGGAGGUGCAGGCCUUCGAGAAGGAGCGCCUCAUCUCCGUCGGCACCUGCACCCUCAGCCCCGACGACGAGGGCGUCGUCAUCAUUCAGAUGCACCGCGCCGACGACCAGAACGAAGGCGCUGGCGAGAUUGUGGUGAGCUACAAGCGCCUGCACGCCCCGCGCGCGGGGGAGGAGGGCGAUGCGCUGGCCCGCGCCGCCGAUCUCGCGCACGAUAAGGGCGGCCACGACGAAGAGGACGAGGAGGACCAGGAGCGCGAGGAGGUGGCACGCGAGGGCGGCUACGGCGCGUCCGAUGCGGACCACCACGCCGACGAGGAAGACGAGGAGAACGACGAACAGAAGGAGGGCCGAGCGGAGGCUGAGGAGCCGGCGCCGGCGGAUGUGGAGCCAGUGGUGGAGCACCCCAUGGUCAUUGACCGCGAAGACCACGCCGAGGAUGAAGAGCGUGAAGACGACGAGCGCAUGCAGGAGGACGAGCACGCCGAGGAUGGGGAGCGUGAGGACGACGAGCGCGCGCAGGAAGAUGAAGAGGACCAGGGGGAGGACAACGCCGACCACGAUGACCGCGAAGACGAUGGUGAGGAGGGCAACGACGCUGACCACGAUGACCACGAGCAUGACGGCGAGGAGGGCAACGACGCCGACAACGCCGACCACGAUG